GUAGUUAUCAUUUGUUUUGAUCUAAUUUUUUUAAAUAGGGUAAUGAGUUCAUUAUUGAACAGAAUUUUGUUUCCCGGAAUUGUUCCAUUUAUCCAAUCAAAGGUUCUAUCACUUCCUCUCCCGGAGAAAGUUAAAACAAUAUUAGCUCAUCCGGCCGGACCCUUUACAAUACACUUUUAUGCUCCAGCCUUUAAAUGGUCAAUUUCCUUAGCAAACCUAUCAGAUAUAAAUAGGCCUACACAUUUAAUUUCUCUUCCUCAACAACUAGCCGUUACCGCAACCGGGUUAAUAUGGUCAAGAUACAGUUAUGUUAUAAUUCCUAGAAACUACAAUUUAUUAUCAGUUAACUUUGCAAUGGCUCUAACUGGCCUCUACCAGAUUUCCAGAAUUAUUCGAGAUAAACAACUUGCUCCCCAGAAGAAUUAAAAUUUUUUAAUUUCAUAUUUAAUU